UCCUCCUUUGGUGGAGAGGAGAGAGCUGGUCCUCCUGGGCGAGGGUCUCUUUGGGGAAGGGAAAGGGGAGCUGCAGGUGCCCUCACCCCCUCCCUCCUUAAGAGUCUUGGCCAACUCAGGAGCAUCCUCCUCCUUCUCUGGGCGGGAGCGAGGAGGAAGGGGAGGAGGAGGAGGACGAAGAAGGAGAAGGAGCCGCCGCGUCCCUGAGCCUUUUGCCUUCUCCAGACAAAGAGCUGCACCGCAUUGCCCAGCAUUAGCAGCAGCAUCAUCAGCAGCAUCCCUCUUCUCUGGAGCGCAAGGCGAGGCUCAAGAUGGCUCUGGCUCGCCUCCUCUGCCUCCUCUGGGCUUGCUGCUUGGGCUCCUUCCCGGCCUUCUCCUCCUCUUCUGCUGGGGCUGCUGCUGCUGCUGGGGCUGGGGGGGUGCCAGGGCCUGGAGGGGGGACUGAUCCGGAGCCAGGGGACCCUUCCUCCAAGGAGCUGGAGUGCAAGCUGAAGAGCAUCACGGUGUCGGCGCUGCCUUUCCUGCGGGAGAACGACCUGAGCAUCAUGCACAGCCCCUCGGCCUCCGAGCCCAAGCUCCUCUUCUCCGUCCGCAACGACUUCCCCGGGGAGAUGGCCGUGGUCGACGAUCUCGAGAACACCGAGCUCCCCUACUUCGUCCUCGAGAUUUCUGGCAAUACAGAAGAUAUCCCACUGGUUCGUUGGAGGCAGCAAUGGCUGGAGAAUGGCACACUGCUCUUCCAUAUCCACCAUCAAGAUGGCACUCCCAGUUUACCUGGCUUAGAACCCACAGAAGAACCUCAGAGCGAAUCAGCUGAAGAAGAACUUAGGAUCCUUCACAUCUCAGUAAUGGGUGGGAUGAUUGCCUUGCUGCUUUCCAUCUUGUGCCUGGUGAUGAUCCUCUACACACGCCGGCGUUGGUGCAAGCGCCGUCGAGUUCCCCAGCCCCAGAAGAGCGCCAGUGCUGAGGCAGCCAAUGAGAUUCACUACAUCCCUUCGGUGCUGAUUGGGGGCCAUGGUCGUGAGAGCCUGCGUAAUGCUCGGGUGCAAGGCCAUAACUCCAGUGGGACGCUAAGCAUCCGGGAGACCCCCAUCCUGGAUGGCUAUGAGUAUGACAUCACUGACUUGCGUCACCACCUGCAGCGGGAAUGCAUGAAUGGUGGUGAGGACUUUGCCAGCCAGGUCACCAGAACACUGGACUCCCUGCAGGGCUGCAAUGAGAAGUCAGGCAUGGAUCUCACUCCAGUCUUUGCCUUAAAUUCUUCCUGUUCAGGAAGUGACAAUGCCAAGCUGUCCUUGAUGAACAAGUACAAGGAUAAUAUCAUCGCCACCAGCCCUGUGGACUCCAACCAUCAACAGGCUACACUGCUCUCUCAUACCUCCAGUAGCCAGCGCAAGCGGAUCAAUAACAAGUCUCGAGCUGGCUCUGCAUUUCUGAAUCCUGAAGGCGAUUCUGGGACAGAGGCAGACAAUGAUCCCCAGCUGACCUUUUACACAGACCCAUCCCGGAGCAGGCGGCGUAGCAGGGUGGGUUCACCAAGAAGCCCUGUUAGCAAGACUACCCUGACUCUGAUCAGUAUCACCAGCUGUGUCCUUGGCCUGGUCUGUGCCUCCCAUGUGAAUUGCCCACUUGUAGUCAAGAUAACAUUGCAUGUUCCGGAGCACCUUAUUGCUGACGGGAGCCGGUUUAUCUUACUAGAGGGCAGCCAGUUGGAUGCCAGUGACUGGUUAAAUCCUGCCCAGGUGGUUCUGUUUUCCCAGCAAAAUUCCAGCGGGCCCUGGGCCUUGGACUUGUGCGCCCGACGUCUUCUUGAUCCGUGUGAACAUGAGUGUGACCCUGAUACUGGUGACUGCUUUUGCUAUGAAGGUUACAUGAAGGAUCCAGUGCACAAACACCUUUGCAUUAGGAAUGAAUGGGGCACAAACCAAGGGCCAUGGCCAUAUACCAUAUUCCAGCGUGGAUUUGAUUUGGUGUUAGGAGAACAGCCUUCUGACAAGAUAUUCAGAUUCACCUACACUCUUGGUGAAGGGAUGUGGCUGCCACUAAGCAAGAGCUUUGUGAUUCCACCUGCUGAACUGGCCAUCAAUCCAUCUGCCAAAUGCAAGACAGACAUGACUGUGAUGGAAGAUGCUGUCGAGGUCAGGGAGGAACUGAUGACUUCCUCCUCCUUUGAUAGCCUUGAAGUUCUUCUGGAUUCAUUUGGGCCAGUUCGAGACUGCUCUAAGGACAACGGUGGCUGCAGCAAGAACUUCCGCUGCAUUGCAGAUCGAAAGUUAGACUCUACAGGCUGUAUGUGCCCACCUGGUCUCAGCCCCAUGAAGGAUGGGACUGGCUGCUAUGAUCGCCACAUUGGGGUGGAUUGUUCAGAUGGAUUCAAUGGUGGCUGCGAGCAGCUCUGUCUUCAACAGAUGGUGCCUUUGCCAGAAGAUCCUGUUUUAUACAAUAUUCUCAUGUUCUGUGGAUGCAUUGAAGAUUACAAGCUGAGUGUAGAUGGGCGGUCAUGCCAGUUAAUUUCAGAAUCCUGUCCAGACGGUGGUGACUGUGAAGAGAGCCGAGAGCUGCCCAUGAACCAAACUCUCUUUGGAGAGAUGUUCUAUGGCUACAACAAUCAAACACAUGAAGUGGCAACUGGGCAGGUGCUGAAGGGCACAUUCAGGCAGAAUAACUUUGCCCGUGGGUUGGAACAGCGCCUACCAGAUGGGCUAGUGCUGGCCACUGUUCCACUAGAGAACCAGUGCCAAGAGGAACUCUCUGAGCCAACCCCUGACCCAGAUUUUCUAACUGGGAUGGUGAAUUUCAGUGAGGUGUCUGGAUACCCCCUGCUGCAACACUGGAAAGUGCGCUCUGUCAUGUACCAUGUCCGGCUCAACCAGCUGACUACCUCCCAAUCUUUUGGCAAUGCCCUUCAUUCUUUGGAUGGUGCCACAUCCCGGGCAGAUUUUGUGGCUCUGCUGGACCACUUUGGCAAUCAUUAUAUACAGGAAGCCAUCUAUGGUUUUGAGGAGUCCUGUUCUAUUUGGUAUCCCAACAAGCAGGUCCAGAAGCAGCUCUGGCUGGAAUAUGAAGACAUCAGCAAAGGUAACUCCCCCUCAGAUGAGUCUGAAGAGCGUGAGCGAGAUCCCAGAGUCCUAACUUUUCCAGAGUAUAUUACAAGCCUGUCAGAGUCAGGGACCAAGCGCAUGGCAGCUGGUGUGCGCAUGGAGUGCCAAAGUAGAGGCCGUUGUCCAUCGUCCUGUCCUUUAUGUCAUGUAACUUCCAGCCCAGAUGCUCUGGGGGAGCCCAUCCUCCUAGAGGUCACCAAAGCAGCACCCAUCUAUGAGCUGGUCACCAACAAUCAGACUCAGAAGCUGUUACAAGAGGCCACCAUGAGUUCCCUCUGGUGCUCAGGCAGCGGGGAUGUCAUUGAGGACUGGUGUCGGUGUGACUCAAGUGCCUUCGGUGCUGAUGGGCUUCCAGCCUGUGCGCCCCUCCCACACCCCGUGCUGAGGUUGUCCACUGUUCAUGAGCCCAGUAGCUCCCUGGUGGUACUUGAGUGGGAACACUCAGAGCCACCAAUUGGGGUGCAGAUUGUAGAUUAUCUCCUCCGCCAGGAGAAGGUCACUGACCGCUUAGACCAUUCCAAGGUGGAAACUGAGACGGUACUGAGUUUUGUGGAUGACAUCAUCUCCGGAGCGAAGUCACCCUGUGCGAUGCCAGCACAGGUGCCCGACAAGCUGUCAACAACCAUCUCCUUGAUCAUUCGUUGCUUGGAACCUGACACUAUUUACAUGUUCACACUCUGGGGUGUGGAUAACACGGGGAGACGAUCACAGUCGAGUGAUGUAACAGUGAAGACCCCUUGUCCAGUGGUGGAUGAUGUGAAGGCCCAAGAAAUAGCAGACAAGAUCUACAAUCUCUUUAAUGGCUAUACCAGUGGAAAGGAGCAGCAAACUGCCUAUAACACCCUACUGGACCUGGGUUCACCAAGUCUCCAUCGCGUCCUCUAUCAUUACAAUCAGCACUAUGAGAGCUUUGGGGAGUUCACUUGGCGAUGUGAGGAUGAACUGGGUCCUCGAAAAGCUGGCCUCAUCCUCUCCCAGCUUGGGGACCUCAGCACUUGGUGCCAUGGCCUCUUACAGGAGCCCAAGAUUGGUCUUCAGCGAACAUCACUCAGAUUCCUUGCCUGCCGUUACAGCGAGAUCAAGCCAUAUGGAUUCAGCUGGUUGGAGCUGAGUCGGGACCUCAAGAAGACCUGUGAGGAACAAAUGCUGAGUGUCCUCUACAAUGACUACGGGGACAAAGACAACUGAGCAGACUCAAGGAAAGAAGUCAAAAAACUUCACCAGGGGCUGGGGGAAGACAAGGGAAUUUAUAGGUGACAGUUGGGUGGGUUUUAUACAUGGAUCCUCAGCACACCAGUCAGAUCUCUAUAGACAAUGUUGUUUAGAGUGAGGGAAAAUCUUUACAUUGGCUAACCUGGUUUGACAUAAUUCCCACAUCUGUGGGUUGUGUGGGAUGCAUUGGAGGUAUUUACUGUUUUGGGCAGGGGGACUGCUCUUCUAAUUUUGCCAAGAGGUUCCUUAGCCAUAAGGAGGUAUACAUGCAUGUGUGUGUUAUGUGGAGAAAAUUGUCCUUCACAAGAUUGGUAGCCCAUUCUCUCCCAAAUCCCAGUGCAAAUAAUAACACAAUAACCAAGGCCAAUAAAAUCUUUUUAAAAUGGAACAGUUCAGCAGCAGAAAGAACAGCAACAAAGACAGGUUUAAAGGGAGGGAUACAAUACUUAGAAUUAGUUAGGGAAAUGAUCUAAUCUUGCAAGAGAUGUGCUUUUAUGGUGUCAGCUCUUCCCUUCCAUGUCCCUUUUGAUCAUACUGCCCUCACUCCUGUUUCCAUGCCAGUGUAGAGAACAUUUCUAGGACAUAGCUGAAACAUCGCUACCUAUAGUCCCUACUUAUACAUCAGUAGUCAAUAGUUAAAAUGUACAUCACUGGUCUGUUUCAGGAUCUGAUGGGGCAUUUCAAAGUGCAAAGUGGCAGGACCACUUUAUAGUAGAAGAACCUGCUUAGGUUCAAAUACUGCAAACAAGACCAUGAACAAAACCUACUGCAUGUAACAAAACUGAUUUCUGCCACCAAGUAAUACAUGUAGAAUAAAUUAUAAGAGUAGAAUUAUCUGCUACCAAGAAGAACAUUCAUAUUUGAUUUAUUAUGUCCAAAUCUGAAAUCAAAGCUUUGAAUAAUUUUGUUCAAGAAGUCACAGCAUCCAGCCUAUGCCAACAGUUAGUUAUGACUAUACUACUGACAAUGGAAUAAUGUACUUUGGAAUAUGGAGGCAGGUAAGGAGGAAUGGGGGUAAAUGAGUCACAGAGGGCAAUGCAUAGACAGAAAGUUGGCAGUUGCUCCUGUAAACCCAUUCCCACACCUCUCUAAGUCUCCAUGCCCAGCACUCUGGGAGACCUAUAUGUAGAAGCAGGUUCCUGCAUCCCCAGUCAGUGCAGGUUUGCUUCCAUAAUGUGUCACAGGUCCCAAGAACCCUAAAAUUAAUAAUUUUCCAAUCUACAUGUGUACUUAAUAUGGAUGGUUUGUGCCUUGGAAGGUACCUGCUCCAGAAUCCCUUGCAGUAGUGAUAUUGCUGAGCGGUGUGGAUUUGAACUGUGACUGAGCACACUUGGCAGCUAGGUAUCUUGCUCUUCUUUCCUCAGAAGUCUUUAGAAGUACCCUGCACUGCCAUCUAGACUGGGAAGGGGGCAGUAUUUUGGACACUGCUGAAUAUGUUCACCAAUAUCCCAGCUGCAAGGAGACUCGAAAUAAUAGUGUCCACUAUAUCUAAUGCCCCUCCAGGCAGUCUGCCAACCUGGAAGCCAACAUAUACAGUUCAGUUAAUCUUUGUGUGCUCUGAAACUUAAUUAGCAUUCUGGGACAAAGAAGACCUUCUCGUGGAAAUUAUGACCUGGAGAAGUCUUUAUUCUGAACCAGAUGAUAAUGAAUUUUGGCAACAUAAUCCGAACAAAUAACAAUGGGACAAGGCUGAGUUCAGCUCAGUGUUUGCUCAACUUUAAUUUGAUAGUGAUGAUAUGAAAAAUGGAAGUGAAAAUGGAGCCCCACGUUCCAACUGAAUCUGUGGAGAUUUAAGCUUUUAAGGAAGACAAAGCUGCCUCUUGCUUGUCAGCUUUCAUCUUUUGAUCUUGUAUGAUGAGAAAGGAAUUCUAGCAUGUGGGAACCUCAUGGCAAAACUUUUUAUCAUAUCCUUUCAACCACAGUUGGAAUCUGAUGAGUCUUCUUUGAAUGUUUUGGCAGUAGGAUGUUUACUGGAUGUAUGCACUUCCAAGGUAUUGCCAUGAAGAGUUAUGUAACUUUUCCCCUGAAUUGAAGAUGAUGUUUCAGAUGUUGUGGGUGUGUGCAUGCAUAUGCACACCAGGUUCAGCAAAGUCCAUCUUUCAGUAGAUUAAAAAUCACAUUUUGGAGGGGAGGGGAAGCAAUGUUAUGUGAAGAGUGUUGUUGCAGGAAAAGUGACUUUUGUCCCUGAGCAGCAAAACACUUUGUGUGCAUGUGGUUUUGAAUAGAAAAAACAGCUGGGAGGGAAGAAGGCUGGAGAAGGGCCUUCCAAAAACAGAUUUUUAAACCAUACACACCCUGUUGGGAGAGUGUUCUGUGAAUCUAGCCUCAGUUUGGCCUUUGGUAUGGAUCAGCUCUGUCAUUAGAUAUAAUGAGGUGGCCACCUUGAGCCAUCAGUUGUGGAUGAUAUCUGUGGCCUCCUCCUGGCUAUUACUUCUGAACUCUCCAUUCCCCUAUAUUGCUAGACAUAAUUGUGUGCCACUUGAGCUUGUCUUCUCUUUGUUUGCUGCUUGGCUAUGUGCUUUCAAUUCCUUACCUAUACUAUCACACCAGGUAUCACCAUCUGAUAUCUCAGUGGCUGAAUGAAUGUAACAAAAUAAAAAAGGGUUGCCUGGAUCAGGCCAAGGUUCUGUCCAGCAUCCUGUUUCCAUCAGUGGCCCAUCAGAAGCCUCUGAGGCACCCACAAAAAGUUCAUGAGGUUAGUAGACCCUCCCUGUAAGUACACAACAGCCUUUGUAGAAGUCCACUUUUUCUAAAUGUGGAGGAACUAGUGAUAAGACAUGUUCUCCAUGUAUGGAGUGAAUAGAACUGACCAGAUAUUACUUGUUCACACCUUUAAAAAUAGGAUAGUGCUGGAAAUGACUAAAAAGCAAGGAAGGUUCCUAUGUUACAAGCUAUUGCAGGGACAGAUGCUCUUCCUUCCAAAUGGUGAUAGUUGGGGGUCAGUAAUGUUGACUACCUUACUGAGACUAGCUGCUGAGUAUCACCAGCAGACUAUCAUCCCUAGAAAGUAACUCAUAAAUGCCCCUAACUUACUUGAUUUAUUUUGCCAAGAAAACCUUGAAGUAGGGAUGGA